AUGCAGCAUAAUCGGGAGCGCGGCGAAAUGUUCAUGGAGAUGAUGUCAGCGCAGAUGAGCAUGGUGGCGAAGAUGACGGAGACGCUCACUCAAGCAAACAAGGCAAGCACGACACGGCACCUGAGGGACGCCUUCUACUGCAACGACGAGACGUACGAGGCACAACCGAAAGCAGAACAACUCAAUCUCGGCGAGGCGGGCGCUGGCGGCACAAGCCCCCCCCCAUUCCAUCGGCAGUACACCCGCCUGACUUCCUCCUCCCUCUUCGCCAUGCAGGACUACGGCUACUCGCAGUACCACCAGCGCAGCGGCGAACUUUCCAAGCUCUACUACAAAUCCCUGGACCACGGCACUAAUAGCGGCGGCUUCAAUGGCCCGCAUGCAGGCCCGGCUCCAGGCCCGACGCCGCAGCAGGGGGACUUCGACUACGAGCCCAUCAGCACCCAGGCCAAUACUACGCGCUGUCGCCCAAGGUCUAUCGAUACAACUGGGGAGAAGAAGCGCAUGUUCAAGCUAAACGAGGGCACCAAUCAUCACAAGACGCUGCAGGACGAGGCCGGACGAUCAAGCAGUCCGUCGUGUGAUCUCGAAUCAGAGUGUGGAGCGCGCCUAAAAGCAGGCGGAUCGCCGAGGACCAAAAUGGCGGUGGCAGAUCUCUCCGAGAAGAUCAUGGCCGACGCUAGUAUGUACACCGACGACACGGCGGCCGGCAGCAGCAGCACUGUGGGCGGCAGCAGCAGCGAUGACGACGAGCGCUCGAACCAACAGGAGCUCACAGCGCGAGGACGCUCCGAGAGCCAAGGGCAGAUCAGCGAUCAAGAUACCGACUUAGACCGCUCCUCCUACUUUGUUCUCUCGGACCCCAACUACAUCUACGAGGCUGUCUCGGUGCGCAUCAAGAAGGCCAGGACGACGGCGAUCAACUCGUUCACGACGUUCCUGGCCGCCAACCGAGAGGAGGUCGGCGACGAGAAGAAAGCACCUCCGUGCUCUAAACAAGACUUAGAAGCUAUGGUGUCUCUACUGUACUCAACGGCUGCAACGGAGAGUGAAUACCUCCACGCGGCCCACGUCGUGAUGAUGUGGUACCUUUAUGGCCGUAGCUCGGGCGCAGAAACAGUCGAGAAGAGUCAGCUAUCCAUCUUGCCUGCCAUGCAUGCCAACGACGGUACCUUGUCGGAAAACUGGAUUAUCGAGCGCGGGGGCUGGCAGCUGGACCGCGUCAAUAUGGCAUUCGGGUACAUGCUUGGUACAACCCAAGCAGACCAAAAGGUGUCCCGCGUCCUGAGUGGCUGGAAGCCCAAGGACGGUGCGCGGCUACCAACGCUAGCCGCUCUGGACACGCCAAUCUUGGCCCGCGCUCGCAAGUUGCAGCAGCUUCUCUUUUCCAGCACGAUGGUGUUUGCUGACGCCGCCUUGAACCUCGACGACGACGUCACAGAUGUCCUUACGGCUACCCUGUUCAUGCAUUACCCGGACAUCUCGCCCAUCACGAAGAUUCGUGAGCUCCUAGCAGAACGAGUCAUUGGUGAGUCCGAGCUGCUGGCGUGGAGCGUGACAAUUAGCAAGGCAUUCGUGACACCUUCAGCUUCUGAGGCUUUUGUUAGUGCUGGUGAAGGGCCGUCGCCUGCGUUGAUUGAUCUCAUCAAGCGCCAGUCUGAGCAGAUCGAUGUUUUAAUCCUACAGAACAAACGGCUCGACGAGCGCAUAUUUGCUGUUGAAGCACACCUCAAGACACUUACCAGCACAGCGGCAACUCAACCAGCAAACGCCGACGCCACGCUUCCUGCCUCCGAACAACCACCGCCAUGGUUUACUGCGGAGCCUCGCGUGUAUGCGUCGCGUUCUGUAAAGAAGACAGCGUUGUACGAGUACAGGCACAUCGCAGGGUAUCUCAUGCUCUUCUUACCUGAAGGGUUUGCGCUGGACAUAUCGUCGCCUGCAUACAAAAGCGAGGUGCUCGAGCUUGGCGAUAAAGCACAACAGAACGCACUCACCUUCUUGAAGUCGCACGGCUCCUCCGCAGUCGCAGCAGUCUGCGUCGUCGCAGCCGCUGUCGCCCCAACGUAUCCUGCAGCUAGCCGUCACCGCGUGUUAGGCCAAUCAGCCGGCCGUCACGCCACGAUCACACGAAGUGCUCCUGCUGCUGCUGGCUCCGGCGGCCAUCGCCCCGCCCAAGGCCAUGCUGCAGUGCGCGUCGCCGCCGCUGCCGAACUGCUCCUGGUGCUGCGGGCCCCGAGGGCCAUCACCCCUCCCGAGGCCAGACUGCAGUACGAGUUGAUGUCGCCGCCCGCGCCCGUGACAUUGUUUGCUGCCGAUGCUCGCCUCGGAGGCCGCCACCCCACCCGAGGACAGAUCACACUGCUGCUGUUGCUGGUCUCGGCCCGAGAGUGUCAUCACCCCGCCCGAGACCCACCGCACUCCGCGUCGUCGCCGCCCCCUCGCCUCGCUGCUGCAUUUGUAUUUGUAUUUGUUGCGGUUAUGGCGACUACGCUGCUGCAGCUGCCCACGGGGGCCAUCGCUCAGCCCGAGACCAACCCGCACUUCGCGUCACCGCAGCUGCUGUUCUGCUCCUGGUGA